CCAACGCGCAUCAGUUAAUCUUAUGCCAUGGGCUGGCCCAUACAGUGGUGGUCUCUCUAUCUUCUCUGUACUCACUCUUACUAAUAUAUUUUUAUGAUAACGUCUUUUGUGUUACAUGUUCUUCAUAGCAAUCAUAGCAAUUUGAUAGGUCUAAAGGUUAUCCAUAUUCGAUGCUGACCUCUAGGUAUGCCUUCGAAGUUAGCUGGUUUAUCACAUCAUUCCUGUCUUACUCGAGUAGGCCUCCAGUUAUUCUACAGAGAUCAUCAACGUUGAUGACCAACAAGAUUGUUCGAUCAACUUAAAUGAAGCUUAGGCCUCUUAGACUAUUGUACUUUCAGGAUCGAUCCCGAUAGCAUGUACAAAGUGACCCCAUCAACUCUUCGAUGUGUUGUUAUUUUGAAACUGUACUAAUUUUGUGCACAGUGGUGAGAGCUGUUUGAUCCUACUCUUGGUAGGAGAAGAAGUCCGCUGUCUUCACACAAAAUUUGCAGCGUCUAAUCUAUGAGACUGCAGCAAAUGGUAUUGGGACAUUAAACGAAAUGAGGAAUUUAUCAAAGACCUUGACGUUUCCUAGAAUUUCAGGAAAAUGAAAGGUGUCUGUCAAACCAUGUGGAGAUAUUUCUGAGCGGAUCGGCUGUUAAUGGUUCUCUUACAAUUAGCAGAGUUUGUAAGUCAAAUAUUCUGUCAUAAAUAGUAUCAGUGUGACAAGAAAAUCAGAAUUCUAUCUUUUCGAUAGACAAUACUUAACUGUCGAACUCAUUAGGAUCAGUACAUUUUGAUGAAUUAGUCACACUAGACAUCAUCAAAGACAUGGAGUCCUGUAGCAAUAUCAAGGAGUAUAUAAAUCACAUAAGCUGUCACAAAGAUAGAAAAUGUAUUUGAUACUGGAUUGUGAGUGGUGGCCUUGAAGUAGUUUAAAUGUUCGGGAUGUGUAACUCGUUCGAAGUUUUACGGCACCAUCUGGUUUUUAAUUGUAGUCGAAUGUUUAGAGCGUAUCUCAAAGACACAUUUCACAGUUUCUAAGAAAUGAUUCGUCUAAUUGUCAUUGAUAGACAGCUACGUAUUCUGCGUCCAAAUGAAAAAUUUCCAUCAUUUUCAUGCAGUCAAUUACUAUGCAUGUUGGCUAAAUCUGUUAUAGUUAGACUUUGUAACUUUGAAAAUCCUGGUUUUAUAUCUGUAUGCGAUACAACAAGCUUGUCUCCUAAAGGAUCACUUGGCACAUUUUCCUCCGAUAUAUCUAGCUUGCAUAGUGCAAUUGAUCACAUUGAACAGACAGCUAAGGUGAUGUUCCCUAGUGAAUUGACUGCCACAUCAAUUCUUAACAUCUUGAAAGAAGCAUAUCUGUACUAUGGACCAUGGUCAAAUAUUCAAGUCUUAUUGUUUACAGAUGGAGGAUCUUCUUACUUCACUCAUUCCUCCCUUAUUUACCCAGUAGAUUUUCCCAAAAGUCUACUUAAUGAUACGUCAAUUUUGUUCAUUAGUUUGAGUGAUAAACAGUUAUCUAACGAUCUAAUGGAGUUAUAUAAUCAAUUUCACUUGAAAUCAAUAAUUUUCGAAGCUAACAAAUACGUUUCAAAUCUUGAAACCUAUACUGUCGAAUUAUAUAUAGAUAACUUAGCCAAACAUAUUAUUGAACAUUGUCAACCGAAUCAAGUAAUUCCAAGUGUAAUUAUCAAUUGUGGACGUCUUCAAAGUAUGGCAGUUUUAUUACCAUCUCCAGGUGUUCAUUCAUUCACUGGAUUGAAUGAUUUGGCAAAAAAUUCACUUUGUGUGGAGAUCUUCGGUUUCCUUAAUCUCAGCGAUUUAAAUAAUCCACCAGUAAAUGGACGUUUCACAGUGGUUAGUCGAACAGAUCCAUCUGAUCCUGAUCUUCUCUACCUACUUUUGCGAUCAUUACAAAAUACAAAAACUGUUGCCAUGUGUAAUAUUUAUAUUGUAAUGAAUAAUCAAUUAGCUCAGUCAAUCAAUUCAAGUACAGUUUCAGUGUUGGAUUCACACAAUUCAUCUAAACGUAAUCUUCAACAACAACAGUCUGGUAAAAAUUCACCGAACCAUACUCUUUGGAGUCAUGGUUAUUUGCAUCAUAUUGAUAUGAAGCAAUCAAUUUUAAUGUUGUCAGUAUUUGAACGAGAAUGUACUGGUUUACCUUGGCUUGGUAAUUUUAGUCAUUUAGCACCUGUAACAGAUUUUGCCGGUUCUCAAUUAUACGAUGAUAAAAAUGAAACUUCACCAUUCCCUGUUCGAACACCGGAUCAUUUGAGUUAUAAAAUUGUAACACCAAGCUAAAUCUACACGACAAAUCGAACACGAAAGAAAAGGCGUGAAGUGUAUAGAAACUCUUUACUCCAAGCUUAGUUUACGUACAAAAAAUCGAGGGUAUUUAUGGCAUUCCAGAUGGCCUUGGGUUAUAGAUGUUUCUGAGAAACUUCUAUUGGAUGCUGAUUGGAUAGAAUGUUUCCUAGCGUUUUACAGGAUCCCUCUGGGCUUUAUUCGAAGAUCUCCUCAACACUCCUUAUCUAACUUUCAUUUCUAUCACUCAUUUCUCAUUCAACAGUUUAUCUGAUUUAUAGUGAUAAUAAUGAUCAGGAGGUUCGUUUUUAACUCUUUUUUUUCAAAAAAAAUGUUUUAAUAAAGAUGGUUCACGUUAUGUUUCUUGGGCAUCACAGUCAGCAAUGCUUAUGGAUAUUAAUAAAGUGCUUCGACUAAGUCGGCGCCUGCCGGAUAAAUCUGCAUUACUUUAUAAAGAAUUAAAUCGACUUCGUUUUGCAGCGACUGUUUAUGGAUGUCCAGAAUUGUUAUUACAAAUUCAUUCAAUGAUUAUGUCUAUUCAUCAUCAGUCAAACAAUAAUAAUAAUAGUGAUAAUAAUACUGUUGUUACUGGAUCCAAUGAACAAACUAAAUCAUUACAAACUUGUUUAAAUAAUGUAACUGAUAUAUUACUUAAACAGGAAUCAUAUACAAAUGAUAUCUUGUCACCUGAUAAAAGGAAACUAUUCUAAAUAAUGAGUUAAUGAUGAAUUAUGAAUUAUUGAUUUAUUUUGUUUUAAUAAUUACAUGUACAUAUAUGUAAAAAAGAAAUAUGUAUAUAUUUUUAUCA